AUGCCCAAAAUCUACUGCCUAGUCGACGUUUGUAUGGUCCCCAUCGGAACUGCCUCAGCCAGUGUCUCCGAUUUCGUUACCUUGAUCGAAAGGAAAAUACGUGAAAGUCCUUUAAAAAGCACCUUGCACAGUGCUGGUACUACAAUCGAGGGCCCUUGGGAUGAUGUCUUCACCUUGCUUGGAGAAAUUCACGAGUUUGCACAUGAAAGCGGAUAUGUUAGAAUCCAAACAUCUAUGAGAGUUGGAACCAGAACCGAUAAGCAUCAGACGGCCGCAGAUAAAGUCGAAACUGUUCUGAAGAAGCUUGGAGAAAGUCAAUGA